AUGGAGGCCCAUGUAAGCAAGACCAUCAUUCAAGAAGGGAAUGUGGUUAAUAGGGAGCAACAAGAAGCUUUGUGUGCUGAAUUCACUAAUGAAGAUAUCAAGGCUACUCUGUGGUCUAAUGAAGAUAACAAGGCCCCUAGGCCAGAUGGUUACAAUAGCUGCUUUUAUAAGAAAGCUUGGCCUUGUAUAGGUCCUGAGGUGUGCAAUGUCGUGAAGAAUUUUGUUCACACUGGCAAGCUUUUGAAGCAAGUGAAUGCGACUAACCUAUGUCUUAUACCUAAGAUUGAUCAGCCUAUUGAUGUCACACAUUUUAGACCUAUAGCAUGUUGUAAUGUCCUCUAUAAAAUUAUCUCUAAAUUGUUGUGUAAUAGGCUCUCCUUGGUUCUACCAAGUAUUAUAGAUGAAGUUCAAAGUGCUAUUGUUGCUAGAAGGAAGAUAAUGCACAAUAUUUUAAUCUUCCAGGAUAUGAUGAAGCAGUAUAAAAGGAAAUCUCAACCUCCUAGGUGUACUCUAAAGAUAGAUUUAAGGAAGGCAUAUGAUUCCUUAAGUUAG